UUUCCCUUCAUUGAUGGCAAUGUGAAGCUCCAUUGUUGUUUUACCUCAGAUUGUAAUUUUUGAUACUGUUAAGCAAAGAAAACCCAUCAACAAUCGCCAAGGAAUUUUUUCAUUUCUUGUUUGUUUUUUGCUCUGUAUUGUUUUGCUUCAAGCAUAUAAGUUAGAGUUGGUAGUAUUUGAAUACCACAAGUAGAACUUGUAACAGGAUUAUUUUUGGCAGUCAGACAAUUUAUAUUUGAGCUUUUUGAAUAUAAAAAACUCAUCUUGUGGCUGGCUAUCAAUCUCUCUCCCCAUUUACAUAUUUUGAAUUUUGUAGCUGUACAACUAAAUUUUCCCAAGCACUUGAAAGUUUUAGAUUUUGUUCACUUAUUUAGCCAAGCUCAAUCAAUUGAUUCAGUUAUAGAGAAUUAUGGGUUUGUUCCAAUUUAGAACCUUUUUUCUUUGUUUCCUCCUGUUUGAGACAUGCGUUGCUAGUAUUCAACGUCUUGGCCGCAUAUAUCCUGGUUUCCAAGCGUCUCAGACGGUAUAUAUUGACAACAAAGGCAUAUUUCUGCUGUCCAACAACUCGAAUUUCGGUUUCGGCUUCUAUACCAGUGUGGAUGUCACAUUGUUUCUACUUGUUAUCAUUCACAUACCCAGUUCCAAAGUUGUUUGGACUGCUAAUAGAGGCUUUUUGGUUCAAAAUAGUGAUGACUUUGUGUUUGGAGAAAAUGGGAACAUUUACUUGGAACGUGGGAAUAGUGUGGUUUGGUCUACAAACACUGCGGGAGAAACAGCUACUGCCAUGGAAUUGCUCAAUACAGGAAACUUGGUAUUGCUUGGGGAUGGUGGAAGAAUUCUAUGGCAGAGUUUUAGCCAUCCUACUGAUACCCUUUUGCCUGGUCAGAUAUUCUUGGAAGGAAUGCAGCUCAGAAGUUUUCCCAACCACAAUAACCUGUCUCACUAUCUUGAAUUCAGGUCAGGUGAUUUAGUCCUGUCAGCAGGUUUUGAAAUCCCACAAUUUUAUUGGUCCAUAACAAAUGACGGCCGGAAAACCAACAACAAUGUCAGCAGCAAGGCUCAUUCAGUGAGUCUGGGGUCCAAUUCCUUUAAUUUCUAUGAUCAAAAUAAAACCUUACUUUGGCAGUUUGUCUUCUCCAAAAACCCUGGAUGGAAUGCCUUCUUUGCUGCUGUUUUAGGCUCUGAUGGGUCUCUCUCAUUCUAUAAUCUUCAAAAGGGGAAGUCAGUUUUUCCUGAGGCAAUCAGAAUACCACAAAGUUCCUGCAGCACUCCUGAGCCUUGUGAUCCAUAUUACGUUUGUUAUUUUGAAAGCAGAUGCCAAUGCCCUUCACUUCUCAGCUCUCACUCUAAUUGCAAGCCUCAGGUCAGUUCAACCUGUAACAGCUCCAAGAGUUCUGUAGAGCUUCUAUACAUUGGCGAAGAGCUUAACUAUUUUGCACUUGGCUUUGUUACACCCUCGUUGAAAUCCUCCCAUCUAGUUACAUGCAAAGAAGCAUGCCUAGGAAAUUGCUCUUGCCUUGUGCUGUUCUUUGAAAGAAGUUCUGGGAGUUGCUUUCUGUUUGACCAGAUAGGAAGUCUGCAAAGGUCUGACAUGGGCUCUACUGGUUAUAUUUCAUAUAUGAAAGUUUCAAAGGACGGAAGUCCUGCAAGCAAUGAAAGAAAGCGGAUUCUUUUAACCAUGGUCAUAAUUUUUGCAACUGUCAUGGUUGUCUUUACUCUGCUUUAUGCAGGAUACUGGUACCAUAAAAAGAAGAUAUUACUGCAAUAUCCUGUAGAAGAUUCAGAAGAGGAUAAUUUCUUGGACAAUCUUCCUGGGAUGCCUCUUCGUUUCAGCUAUGGUGAUCUUUGCAGGGCAACCAAGAACUUCUCUACAAAGGUUGGUGAAGGAGGGUUUGGCUCAGUCUACAUUGGUGUGCUCCCAGAUGGUACACAAGUGGCUGUAAAAAAGUUGGAGAGCUCCGGGCAGGGAACCAAAGAGUUUAAAGCUGAAGUUACUACUAUUGGAAGUAUCCAUCAUAUGCAUUUGGUGAAGCUCAAAGGAUUUUGUGCUGAAGGGCCUCACUGGCUUCUUGUCUAUGAGUACAUGGAAAAUGGGUCAUUAGAUAAGUGGAUCUUCAACAAGAAUGAAGAGGGUCAUGACUUGUUGGAUUGGGAUACAAGAUUUAAUAUUGCUUUGGGAACAGCAAAGGCCUUGGCUUAUCUCCAUGAGGAGUGUGAAGUGAAGAUUGUCCACUGUGAUAUAAAACCAGAAAAUGUUCUUCUUGAUGAUAAUUUUGUUGCAAAAGUUUCAGACUUUGGCUUGGCAAAGCUAAUGAACCGGGAGCAGAGCAUUGUAUAUACAACGCUGAGGGGUACAAGAGGGUACCUUGCACCCGAAUGGAUUACAAACUUUGCCAUAUCAGAGAAAAGUGAUGUCUACAGCUAUGGCAUGGUGUUGCUUGAGAUUAUUGGGGGAAGGAAGAAUUACGAUUCAAAAGACUGUUCAGAGAAAGCCCAUUUCCCUUCUUACGCCUACAAGAUGUUGGAAGAAGGAAAACUGGAAGAAAUUCUUGAUACAGAGCUAGAGAUGGAUGAAAAAGAUGAAAGUGUAGUCACUGCUAUCAAAGUUGCAUUGUGGUGUAUACAAGACAAUAUGCAUAUAAGACCUGCAAUGACUAAAGUAGUGCAAAUGCUUGAAGGUUCUUGUGCUGUGCCGCCGCCUCCAACGUCAUCUCAAUCGGGUUCUCCGUCAUGUUUCUUUAAAUGGAGCAGUCAAGGGGCUACUUCAUCAGCAGCACUUAAUGAUUAUUUCAGUGAUGUAGCCAUGUCGGAUAUUCGCUUAUCGGGACCAAGAUGAUAAAAGCAAAUGUUUUGUUAUAGGAGAUUUUCAUUUUUGUCCUCUGUAUCUUGGCAGAGUCAUGAAACUUCAAAGUUUUGUACUGAUUCAUUUGUAUUAGAUCUCAAGAUUUGCUUAUCUUGGUUGGUUUUCUGACCACCUGUGGAGACAGCUAUCUCCUAUUUGCUCAAAAAUGUAUGGUUUUGAUUGUUGUUUGAAUCUAGAAAUAU